GGUAUUACUGCUUAAUUUUCAAUAAGAAAAGACAUGGAAGCUAAGCAGCUGAUGGGAAGGAGAAGAUGCUAUCUAAGUGCUCUGUUAUGUAAUGGAAAAUGAGAGGAGUAGCGGCCAUGAUCUUCAAAUUAUGCAUCUUGUUCUUAUUAUUACUUCCAUCCUCCGCAGAUAAUUUCAACAUAUUAAGAGACAGGAAUGAAGACUCUCAAGUCUCUGAUGGAGGAAGAUUUGAACUUGGAUUCUUCACUCCAGAGGGAGCCUCAGAAGCCACAAGAUACGUUGGUAUAUGGUUUCAUAAUUCCAAACCGCGGAUCGUUGUGUGGGUUGCUAACAGAGACCAACCACUGUCCGACAAGAAUGGAGUUUUUGCUAUCAAAGAUGGCAAUCUCGAGGUAUUGGCAUCAAACGGCACUUCUUUAUGGUCCACCGCCCUCGAGAAAUCACACAAUUCAACAAUGGAGCUGAUGGGUUCUGGGAAUUUAGUUCUCAAGCAAUUAGGCGUCAACAGCACAACUCUGUGGCAAAGCUUCCAAAAUCCAACCGAUACAUUUCUUCCGGGCAUGAACAUGACCGACGACUUGAAGUUGACUUCUUGGAAAGCUUCAGACGACCCCUCGCCUGGGAAUUUUACGUUUCUCAAGGAUAUAGAAGACCGCUUCGUCAUCGAGAAAAGUGGUUCGCGGUAUUGGGUCAGCAAGGAACUAUGGCAAAAUUUCUCAACCGAGACUGAUGGAAAUAUUGCUGAAGCCAUGGACUUACUGUCAAAGAUUAGUGUCAGUGAUUUGAAGGCCACCAACUAUACCGUUCGUUUUCAAAAUCAAGACUUGGAUUACAACUACACAAGAGCAGUUAUGGAUUUCAGUGGGAAGGUACAGUUCCUUGCUAGAAAUAGAGCGAGUGGGAAGUGGGAUGUCAUCUGGUCGGAACCGGAAAACAAAUGUAGUGUGCUAUCAGCUUGUGGGACCUUCGCUAGCUGUCGGAGUGACACUAAUCAUACUUGCAGGUGCUUGCCUGGGUUUGAGCCCAACUCCAAGUAUGAGUGGGGUUCUGGUGAUUACUCGCAUGGGUGCAAGAGAAAAUCAGAAAUUUGCAGCAAAGAAGUGGGUGAAACUCGAGAGUUUAUGAAAUUAAAUAUGAAGGUGAAAAGAACGUCUAAUAUUGUGAAAGCAAAUACUGGGGAAUGCAAAAGUAAGUGCCUUGAAUCUUGUACAUGUGAGGCGUAUGCUGAAAUAGAAGACAGCAGAGCCAAAAUUGUGUGCAUCAUUUGGGAGGAUGACCUCGAAAACAUUUGGGAAUAUGCAGAUGGUGGUGACGACGUUCACAUUAGUAUCAAACGUUCGGACAUUGAAUUGACAGAGCUCGAUUGUGAACCAUGUGGCAGCAACAUCGUGCCUUAUCCUUUGAGUCUGAGACCAGAAUUGAACUGCGGUGAUCCUUUAUAUCGUAACUUUAGCUGCAACACUUCCGUUGGUCAGCUCCUCUUUCACACGGCACAAGAUGACUACAACGUCACCCACAUGAACCCACAACUAAGAACUUUUACCAUUGCAUUAAACGGGUCUAUCUGCAGAGGAAAUGAUAUAGAUGCAAUUCAAAAGCUUCUGAAACUGGAUCGCUCGUCAACAUUCGAUGUAAGCAGAGGCUGUUACUCUGAAUUCAAUGAAAUUGAUAUUCAAUGGGAGAAACCACAUGAACCAAUCUGCAAUUCGUCAAGAGAUUGCACCAAAUGGCUGAAUUCAACAUGCAAAUCAACAACAGAUGGAACAAAUACAAAUAGAUGCUUGUGCAAUUCUCCUUUAGAGUGGACUGGCAUGGGAUGCCUUGAAUCAACAGUUAAUGUUCCUGUAGAGAAUGGUUUGGAUCAGCCACGUGGAAAGCAGAGAAACAUCAGAGUUGGCAUCAUUGUCCCAGUGACUAUUGCUGGGUUGAUUGUUCUUUCCUGCUUGGUUCUGUAUAUUUACUACAAAAGAAGGAAGGUACAAGAUAAAAAAGAGAAAAUAGGAAGCUUUUGGAGAAAUCAGGAAGCUUCUCACCUGUACGAAAGUGAGAAGCGUAUCAGAGACUUCACGGGUUCCGGGAUGUUUGGAGAAGAUGAUAGAAAAGCCAUAGAAGUACCCAUUUUGGGUUUGGAAACCAUACUCAAUGCUACAGACAACUUCUCUGAAGCAAACAAAAUUGGACGAGGAGGAUUUGGGACAGUUUACAAGGGACUUUUCCCAGGAGGACUGGAAGUUGCAAUAAAGAGACUGUCGCAGGGUUCCGCUCAAGGCAUGGAUGAGUUCAAGAAUGAGGCGAUUCUCAUCGCAAAACUUCAGCAUCGAAACCUCGUCCGACUUUUAGGCUAUUGUGUUGCAGGAGUAGAAAAACUAUUGAUCUAUGAAUAUAUGCCCAACAAAAGCUUAGACUUCUUUAUAUUUGAUCGAACGCAAUGUUUAUUGAUGAACUGGAAGAUGCGUUUUAAUAUCAUCAUGGGCAUUGCUCGAGGACUAGUUUAUUUGCAUGAAGAUUCAAGGUUGAGGAUUAUCCACAGAGAUAUGAAAACAAGCAAUAUUCUGUUGGAUGCAGAAAUGAAUCCUAAAAUCUCAGACUUUGGUUUAGCAAGAAUCUUUGAUGGCAAUCAAAUAGAGGGAAUCACCAACAGAGUUGUUGGAACCUUCGGGUACAUGCCACCAGAAUAUGCAUUGGAUGGAUCAUUCUCAGUGAAAUCAGACGUGUUCAGUUUUGGUAUAGUUGUGUUGGAGAUUGUCAGUGGGAGAAAGAACACAGGGUUCUACCAGUCCAACGAAGCACUGAACCUUCUUGGAUAUGUAUGGAAGUUGUGGAGAGAACACAGAGCAAUGGAGAUAGUCGAGGCGACGGUGCGUGAAAGGUGCAGUCCAAGUGAAGCUGUUAAAUGUGUGGCUGUGGGGUUGCUGUGUGUGCAAGAAGACCCCAAGGACCGCCCCACCAUGUCAAAUGCAGUGUUUAUGCUGAGCUCUGGCAGUGAUCCUGCUUCUCUUCCCAAUCCUAAGCAGCCGGCUUUCCUUGAUAAGAGGUCCACUCCUUCUACUUCUAUUGCAACCUCUUCUUCCGAGUUUAAGCAAGAAAUUAUCCUGUUGUUGUACCUGCACUUUCCCUAUCCAAAAUGAACACAGACGUGUCAGCCUACAGACAGCACCAAAAGCGGAGCCUCCAGCAUGUGAAGUACACAAAGUCGGGCAAUAUGGCAACACCAUUCUUCUCAAUAAUCCAUUCAAAUAAGACGUGUUCCCACACAUCUGAACAUCUCCAAAUUUAUUAUUCAAUUUCUUUGUCUUCUCAUCCCUUCAUUCAUUCCUUCUCUCUUACUUAAUAAAUCCAUGAUUUCAUUCCUUGAAUCCUCAAGGAACGCUCUUAGCAACUUCCAAAAUGUUAAUCUUAAUCCAAACCCUCUCUCUCUCCU